AUGAUUGCGACCUAGAGAGCACCGGACUGGAGAAAAUACCGGCCCAGCCGAGGGCCGUGAUCUGCUACAAGUAUGUACUUCAAGCAGGUGCUUCGCGACCUUUGCUGAUGCCUUGCAACUCGCGCAUCUCUGUUGCUCCCCUCUCCCGGCGCGGUCAUUGUCGAGAGCGCACCUCGACGAUUCAAUAGCUGGACCAGCAUGGCCACCGUGACGACGUCGGCCCAUCUAGACCCGGCGUGUUUUGCACCGUCGAACCUAUGGUUCGAAGUUCGCCCGCCGGGUUACUGGUGCAACACCUACUACCCGCCAUUCUCGUCGCGCCCGACGAAAGCCGUCACGCUCGAGAACUGUCCCUUUGCGCGACUGGGCCCCGUCACACUCGAAAACCCAAGCACCGAUGCCUUUUCGUGCUACGCCUACGCCCGGGAGACGCCCUCCGGCACCGCAUACAGCGAUUGUCCCGAGGGCAUGACGGUUGCUGAGACCAGCACGAUCCCGUGGCUUGACGGGAUCACUAUUGUCGGGUCUACCUGCUGUCCAACUGCAUAUUACUUUGGCGUGGGCAACACCGUCCCGACACCCGUCCCCAGCGUCAUCGGCGGUACCACGUACCCCGUCACUUAUACCACCGUCGGCAUGUGCAAGGCCGCCUCCAUUAAGGAGUUCUCGGAUCAGCAGGUGACCUUGACGGUCAAGACCUCGCCGCUCUCGACCACCGAGGUGACAUGGGACUACGACCACGACUUCCUCGUCGCGGAACCGGCCGUGAUUCUCAAGUACCUCUACCCCGACCGCGCGGCCGGCACGACUUCGACCUGCUACGGCGCCUGUCCGACCGAGUCCAACCCGCUGAACGGCAGCCCGACGCCCACGCCAGCCCCGACGGGCACUUACGUCCCGCCCCUCGAGGCCCCUGUCACCCGGUUCACGCCCGCGGCGUCCUGCCUCGACCAGUCCAACCUCUGGCUCGUCUCGGCCAGCUGCUACCUCUACGAGAACGGGGACAGGCCGCCCUGGCUGGACUGCACCUACACGGGCGCCGGCGAGCCUAACCCGUGGGAUACGGCAUGCUACCCGACCGACUCGUUCGUCUCGAGCGACGGCGGGCCCAAGACCUUCUACUCGGCCUGCCCGGUCGGGUACACGCCCGCGCACUCGCACACGGACAAGCCGUUCGACCUCCCGCGCUACGCAAGCUGCAAGACCGAGACCUUUGACGUGUACGCCACGGCGCAGACGUGCUGCCCGGCCGCGUUCGGGGGCGACGGCGACGGCGGCGGCGGCGGCGGCGCCGUCCCCUUCACCUACAGCCUGCUCAGCACCACCAAGACGGUGCAUGACGGGACCACCCAGGCCGUCUUCGUCUACCCGCUCCCGUGGUGCGUCGCGACUGGCAUGUCGCAGCUCGACGGCGAGACGGUCACGCUGGGCCUGUACAGCGACUCGCGCGUGUGGGACCGCCGGGCCUGGGCCCGGGCCAAGCGGCAGGGCGAGACGUACGGCAGCACGACGGCCGUCUGGGACGCCGCCCGCGACACCCUCUUCGCCCAGGCCCCGCAGGUCUCGUGGACCGUCUUCCACGGCACCUACACGUGCUAUGAGGGCUGCGACGACUACUUCACCUACUCGUACGGCAACACGGAUCCCAACUACACGCCGGUGCCGGCCGAGGCCCUGUCCCAGCGCGAGGACGAUCCGGUCUCUGAGGAGGAGGGUGCUGCCGAGGUCUCGACCACGGCCUCGAUCGCCGCCGCGGCGCCGGUGGCGGGCAUGGGCAGGGGAGAUGUCGUCCAGGCCGGGAUGCUCUCGGUGGUGGUUGUCGUGUUGACAGUCGUUCAUGUCGCUGUCGGGGCCUUGCUGUGAUUGAGCGGAGAGAGAGUGUGUGUGUGUCCUCUUUUUUUUUUUUCUGCUCUUCUCUCACACACAUCUCUUUCUCCCUCUGUGUAUGUGUAAGUGUGUAUGUCGAGAUCUCGGGAGUGUGCCUCCUCUUUUCUUCCGCGAUUCGAGUGCGCAUUUUCCUACC